AUGACGGUCCCCAAGGAGAUGCCCGAGAAGUGGGCCCGGGCCGGGGCGCCCCCCUCCUGGAGCAGAAAGAAGCCCUCCUGGGGGACAGAAGAAGAAAGGAGGGCACGGGCCAAUGACCGAGAAUACAAUGAGAAAUUCCAGUAUGCGAGUAACUGCAUCAAGACCUCCAAGUACAAUAUUCUCACCUUCCUGCCUGUCAACCUCUUUGAGCAGUUCCAGGAAGUGGCCAAUACCUACUUCCUGUUCCUUCUCAUCCUGCAGUUGAUCCCGCAGAUCUCUUCCCUGUCCUGGUUCACCACCAUUGUGCCUUUGGUUCUUGUCCUCACCAUCACAGCUGUUAAAGACGCCACUGAUGACUAUUUCCGCCACAAGAGUGAUAACCAAGUGAAUAACCGUCAGUCUCAGGUGCUGAUCAAUGGAAUCCUCCAGCAGGAGCAGUGGAUGAAUGUCUGUGUUGGUGAUAUUAUCAAGCUAGAAAACAACCAGUUUGUGGCGGCGGAUCUCCUCCUCCUCUCCAGCAGCGAGCCCCAUGGGCUGUGUUACAUAGAGACAGCAGAACUUGACGGAGAGACCAACAUGAAAGUGCGACAGGCGAUUCCUAUCACCUCAGAAUUGGGAGACAUCAGUAAGCUUGCCAAGUUUGAUGGUGAAGUGAUCUGUGAACCUCCCAACAACAAGCUGGACAAAUUCAGCGGAACCCUCUACUGGAAGGAGAACAAGUUCCCCCUGAGCAACCAGAACAUGCUGCUGCGGGGCUGCGUGCUGCGCAACACGGAGUGGUGCUUCGGGCUGGUCAUCUUCGCAGGUCCUGACACUAAGCUGAUGCAGAACAGUGGCCGGACAAAAUUCAAGAGAACAAGUAUUGAUCGCCUAAUGAACACACUGGUGCUCUGGAUUUUUGGAUUCCUGGUCUGCAUGGGGGUGAUCCUGGCCAUUGGCAAUGCCAUUUGGGAACAUGAGGUGGGGACACGCUUCCAGGUCUACCUGCCCUGGGAUGAGGCGGUGGACAGUGCCUUCUUCUCUGGCUUCCUCUCCUUCUGGUCCUACAUCAUCAUCCUCAACACCGUCGUGCCCAUAUCGCUCUAUGUCAGUGUGGAGGUCAUUCGCCUGGGCCACAGCUACUUCAUCAACUGGGACAAGAAGAUGUUCUGCAUGAAGAAGCGGACGCCCGCUGAGGCCCGCACCACCACCCUGAACGAGGAGCUGGGCCAAGUGGAGUACAUCUUCUCCGACAAGACGGGCACCCUCACCCAGAACAUCAUGGUCUUCAACAAGUGCUCCAUCAACGGCCGCAGCUAUGGUGACGUGUUUGAUGUCCUGGGACACAAAGCUGAAUUGGGAGAGAGGCCCGAACCCGUCGACUUCUCCUUUAAUCCUCUGGCUGACAAGAAGUUCUUAUUUUGGGACCCCACUCUCUUGGAGGCUGUCAAGAUGGGGGACCCCCACACCCACGAGUUCUUCCGCCUCCUCUCUCUGUGUCACACCGUCAUGUCAGAAGAGAAAAGCGAAGGGGAGCUCUACUACAAAGCCCAGUCGCCGGAUGAGGGGGCCUUGGUCACUGCAGCCAGGAACUUUGGUUUUGUAUUCCGCUCUCGUACCCCCAAAACCAUCACUGUCCACGAGAUGGGCACCGCCAUCACCUACCAACUGCUGGCCAUCCUGGACUUCAACAACAUCCGCAAACGGAUGUCGGUCAUAGUGCGGAAUCCAGAGGGGAAGAUAAGACUAUACUGCAAAGGGGCUGACACCAUCUUGCUGGACAGACUCCAUCAUUCUACCCAAGAGCUGCUCAACACCACCACUGACCAUCUGAAUGAGUAUGCGGGCGAAGGGCUGAGAACCCUGGUCCUGGCCUACAAGGAUCUGGAUGAAGAAUACUACGAGGAGUGGGCCGGGAGACGGCUCCAAGCCAGCCUGGCCCAGGACAGCCGGGAGGACCGGCUGGCCAGUGUCUACGAAGAGGUUGAGAGCGACAUGAUGCUGCUGGGUGCCACAGCCAUUGAGGACAAGCUUCAGCAAGGGGUUCCGGAGACCAUUGCCCUCCUGACGCUGGCCAACAUCAAGAUCUGGGUGCUGACUGGAGACAAGCAAGAGACGGCCGUGAACAUUGGCUAUUCCUGCAAGAUGCUGACGGACGACAUGACAGAGGUGUUCAUCGUCACUGGCCACACGGUCCUGGAAGUGCGAGAGGAGCUCAGGAAAGCCCGGGAGAAGAUGAUGGAUUCAUCCCGUGCUGUGGGCAAUGGCUUCACCUACCAGGAGAAACUUUCUUCUUCCAGGCUCACCUCUGUCCUGGAAGCUGUGGCUGGGGAGUAUGCCCUAGUUAUCAACGGGCACAGCCUGGCCCACGCAUUAGAGGCAGACAUGGAGCUGGAGUUUCUGGAGACGGCCUGUGCCUGCAAAGCUGUCAUCUGCUGCCGGGUGACUCCCUUGCAGAAGGCACAGGUGGUGGAACUGGUUAAGAAGUACAAGAAGGCUGUGACCCUGGCCAUCGGGGAUGGAGCCAAUGACGUCAGCAUGAUCAAAACGGCUCACAUUGGCGUGGGCAUCAGCGGGCAGGAAGGGAUCCAGGCGGUGCUGGCCUCUGACUACUCCUUCUCCCAGUUCAAGUUCCUGCAGCGCCUUCUGCUGGUGCAUGGACGCUGGUCUUACCUGCGAAUGUGCAAGUUCCUCUGCUAUUUCUUCUACAAGAACUUUGCUUUCACCAUGGUCCAUUUCUGGUUUGGCUUCUUCUGCGGCUUCUCAGCCCAGACAGUCUAUGACCAGUACUUCAUCACCCUUUAUAAUAUCGUGUACACCUCCCUCCCAGUCCUGGCUAUGGGGGUCUUCGAUCAGGACGUGCCGGAGCAGCGGAGCAUGGAGUACCCUAAGCUCUACGAGCCAGGCCAGCUGAACCUCCUCUUCAACAAGCGGGAGUUCUUCAUCUGCAUCGCCCAGGGCAUCUACACGUCCGUGCUCAUGUUCUUCAUCCCCUAUGGGGUGUUCGCUGAAGCCACUCGGGAUGACGGCACCCAGCUAGCUGACUACCAGUCCUUUGCAGUCACCGUGGCCACCUCACUGGUCAUCGUGGUCAGUGUGCAGAUUGGACUGGAUACUGGCUACUGGACAGCCAUCAACCACUUCUUCAUCUGGGGCAGCCUGGCGGUUUACUUUGCCAUCCUCUUUGCCAUGCACAGCAAUGGGCUCUUCGACAUGUUUCCAAACCAAUUCCGGUUUGUGGGUAAUGCCCAGAACACCCUGGCCCAGCCGACGGUAUGGCUGACCAUCGUGCUCACCACGGUCGUCUGCAUCAUGCCUGUGGUCGCCUUUCGGUUUCUCAGGCUGAACCUGAAGCCGGAUCUCUCGGACACGGUCCGCUACACCCAGCUGGUGAGGAAGAAGCAGAAGGCCCAGCACCGCUGCAUGAGGCGGGUGGGCCGCACUGGGUCCCGGCGCUCUGGCUACGCCUUCUCCCACCAGGAGGGCUUCGGGGAGCUCAUCAUGUCUGGCAAGAACAUGCGGCUCAGCUCCCUGGCGCUCUCCACCUUCACCACCCGCUCCAGCUCCAGCUGGAUUGAGAGCCUCCGCAGGAAGAAGAGUGAUAGCGCCAGCAGCCCCAGCGGAGGGGCCGACAAGCCCCUCAAGGGGUGA